UCACACAAGGAGGCAGAUCAUGGGGGAGUUGUGGGUUUAUUUUGUUGUUUUCUGGGCAUUGCUUCUAAUGACCAUUUCUGGAGAGGAUGAUAUAGGCACAUCAAAAGAGUGUGAGGAUGCUCCUUUUGUUCCAGGAUACAAUCUUGCUGGAGAAGGAUUUGAUGUUGUGACCAUGGAGCGAAAAGGUUCUUAUGUGAUCGACAUGGAAAAAUGGGAUUUAGGAAACGGCUCUUGUAAGUUUCGCAAAAAUAACUAUAUGAAUGGAAUAAAACAGAAGCUACCAGCUGCAGUUGUGUUCUGGAGGACCUUGCCAAAGUGUUCGAUGAAAGUCUCCAGUCAGACAUUUGAAUCAAGUGAAGCAGUGGUCAAUGAUUCAUCAUCAGCACUCUCAGUCGGCUGGAAAGUUGGUUUAGAUGUGAAGGCUGUUGGAGCUGCAGUUGGAAGCACUCAUUCCAGGGAAGCAAAAUUUGCAAUGACAAAAUCAAAAGAAGAUAAAUACAGUUUCACUAAGCAUGAAAUUGCAUGCAACUUUUACAGAUACAGUGUAACUGCAAAGCCUCCUCUUCAUGCAGAGUUUCUUGAAGUAAUCAAAUCACUCCCUGCAUCCUAUGAUCCAGACGCCUACCGCAACCUGAUCACUACAUAUGGUACUCACUAUACCACAAGUGUCAAGUUAGGAGGACAAAUGAAAGCCAUAACAGCCAUCAAAACCUGUCAGGCAGCAGUGAGUGGACUUACAGACACUGCGGUGAAAGACUGUUUGGACGUUGAAGCCUCUGGUUCAUACAGUGUAGCAACUGUGAAGGCAGAGGCACAUUUUUGUAAAGAACUGAAGAAAAAGAUGGGCACAAAGGAAAAGUUCAGCUCCAUUUUCAAUGAGCGUCAGACAGAUAUUAUUGGAGGAAACAUAAAUGGAGAAGAUCUGCUUUUUUCUGGUUCAUCACACCCAAAUUCCCUUAAAAAUUGGCUUACGUCAUUGAAGAGUCUCCCUGACAUUGUGCAUUACUCUCUGAAACCCCUCCAUUUCUUACUGAGUACUAAACACCCUGCAAGGAAAGGACUGAAGAAAGCUGUUGAAGGAUACAUCAUUCAAAAUGCCCUCAUGAAGGUUUGCUCUGAACCUUGCAAGAUUGGCAGGAAGUGCAACGCAAGAGACCGAUGUGCUUGUGUUUGUGAAAGUAGUCAAAUGAUUAAGUCUAACUGCUGUCCAGCUGAAAAAGGACUUGCAACCCUGAAAGUCCACCAUCUCAGAGCUAAAGGUCUGCAUGCAGAUUUAUUUACACAAACAGAUGGUUUUGUAUUAGUUAAAUAUGACAAAACAUCCAGGCGCACUAAGACCAUUGAUAAUAAUGACAAUCCACGUUGGCCAGAAACAUUUGCGUUUGGUCCUGUUAAGAUCAAAAUGGCCAAUAAACUAACUUUUGAAGUAUAUGAUGCAGACUCUCUCUGGAUCACAAAAUUCCUUGGUAAAUGCUCUUUUGAUCUUAGAAGUGGAGUUGUGACUGAUGCUUGUGUUUUUACACAUGGUACCUUCUUUUUUACCUAUGAAGUGAAAUGUGAACCCAGUCUGCAGGGCCCACAGUGUAAUGAAGUCAAACCUUCUCCAAUGUCUGCCCCUCUGGCUGAUAUUUUCAGCUCAAGAAAUGGUGUUCUGGUUAAAGACAUGCCGAGGCUUGAAUUAGCAUUCAAUAACUCAGAUAAGUUCACUAUCAAGAGUACUUUUGGAAAGCUGAUUAUGCUGUGACCUGCAUCUUAAAUCCCUACUUUAUGCAUUAAAAGUAGCCCUGUAACCUUUCACAGCUCUUUCGUCUGCUAGAAAAAAAUGCCCAGAACCUAUGAUCACUUCUUUUCCGACUGCUUCUCUGUUUUAGUUUCUGUGUUUUUUGCAUUAAUAAAGCAUUCCUAAAGACA